UUCAAAAGUCAGAUCAUGGAGAAACAGAGCAGCUGCGAGAAAGCAUCUUGGAUCAGGGGUAAGUUUUUAGGCAAAGGCGCCUUUGGUACUGUGAGCUUGGCAAUCAAUGAGUCAGACGGCACCGUUUUCGCUGUUAAGUCUGUCGACUUGUCGACGUGUCUUCCCGGCCAAUUGGAGUGUUUGGAGAACGAAAUCAGGAUCCUCCGUUCCCUUUCAUCUCCUUACGUUGUUGAUUUUCUCGGCGAUGACGUGACCACUUCUCACCGGAAUCUUCACGUGGAAUACAUGUCAGGUGGCACUCUUGUUGACGUGGCGGUUGUUAAACAACGGUCGGCUGACCUGGAUGAGAGGAUUUUGCGGUGGCACACGCGGUGCCUGUUGCUGGCUUUGAAGUACGUGCACGACCAAGGCAUCAUACACUGCGACGUGAAAGGGAAGAAUGUUUUGGUCGGUCUCGAUUUCACCACCGUGAAGCUCGCCGACUUUGGAUCGGCAAUCGUAAAGGAAUGCGCGGCGGACAAGGAUAGGAGUACCAUGAUCACGCCACGUGGAAGCCCUCUAUGGAUGGCACCGGAGGUUAUACUCGGCGAGUAUCAAGGACUGGAGAGUGACGUUUGGUCCUUAGGCUGCACCGUCAUUGAGAUGCUCACCGGAAAUCCAGCUUGGGAAGAUCAAGGGUUCAGCUCGUUGGCUCGUAUUGCUAACUCGGAUGAAUUGCCUCGGUUACCGCCUCUGUUAUCUGAACUCGGUGAAGAUUUCGUUGACAAGUGUUUGAGAAGGGAUCUGAAACAAAGAUGGAGCUGCGAUCAGCUGUUACAACAUCCAUUCGUAAGAUCGGCUUCGGCUCCGAUCGGGGAACCAUCUCCACGUUGCGUGCUCGAUUUCAGCAGGUCGGAGUUCAAAGAGGAUGAGAGUACGGGAAACUUGGAAGGUUCGGUGAGAGAAAGGAUAGGUAAAUUAGCGACGGAAGGAGUGGUGUAUUGGGAAUCGGAUGGAUGGGUGGCGGUUAGGAGUUACGCACGUGAAUCAGGUGGGACAAAAGAGGAAACGGAGUGUACGGGUUCGGGUGGGAUUAUUAGGCGUCGGAUUGAAGGGACAAAUUCGGAGACUGCUGAUUGUUGUCAUGGCUCUAACUCAGCGCAGUGUAGUAAUUACGAGGUCACAAAAAGGCUAAAAUGGUCGAGUGGUCGGAUCUGUACCAAUAUUGGGUUACAAAAGGGAGAACUGAGAAUCUACAUCUCUUAUAAUUUAUUAUUAUUACAACUAUUUUUCCGUAAUUUAAGAAAACUCGGAUAUGUUUUAUUGGUGUCUUUUAAUUACUCCUUUAUUUACUAUAUUAUUUUCCUUUUUCCUCUGGGCCUCAACUUUGCCCUGCGAUAUCCAAUUUCCAAUUUCAUUCCAUCAUUCCCUCCCCGGUCAGAGAGUAGCUCAAUAAACUUAAAAUGAUCUUUGUAUUU